ACAGCUCCCUCCCUCUCUCUCUCUCUCACACACACACACACACCCUCUCGCUGCGUGAAAAUGUCGACAGCAGCAGCGUCAGUAGCUUCCUUGUAUUCUCCGCUCACCUCCUUCUCAUCUCUCCAGGAUAAUAAAUUGAAAUUCGCAGUGCAAUCUGUAAAACCACCUCUAAUAUUCAAGCCGAGUCGAUCUUUUUCUCUAAUCCGAGCUUCCACCGGUUUUUCAUCUUCUCUUGACACGGGUUUGAGCACUGAAUUGGAUGCUGUGACAAGUUACAGUGAGAUUGUUCCUGAUACUGUAAUUUUCGAUGAUUUCGAAAGGUUCCCUCCAACAGCUGCUACUGUUAGCUCGUCUCUAAUCUUAGGUAUCUGCAGCCUUCCUGAUACCAAAUUCAGGAGCGCUGUGGAUACUGCUUUGGCAGACUCGGAGUGUUAUGGAUUAGAGAACUCAGAUCUUCGGAUGUCUUGUUUCUUUAACAAGGCUUUGGUAAAUAUAGGUAGUGAUCUUGCAAAGUUAGUGCCUGGUCGAGUUUCUACAGAAGUUGAUGCUCGUCUUGCAUAUGACACUCAUGGCAUUGUUCGUAAGGUGCAUGAGCUUUUAAAAUUGUAUGAUGAUUUUCAAGUCCCUCCAGAGCGGUUGUUAUUCAAAAUCCCUUCUACUUGGCAGGGGAUUGAGGCUUCAAGCCUGCUAGAAUCUGAGGGUAUACAGACACAUUUGACAUUUGUUUACAGCUUUUGUCAAGCAGCAGCUGCAGCCCAAGCUGGUGCAUCUGUUAUUCAGAUAUUUGUUGGUCGCCUUAGGGACUGGGCUCGGAACCAUAGUGGUGACCCUGAAGUAGAAAGUGCACUUAGAAGAGGAGAAGAUCCUGGGUUGGCUUUGGUGACAAAGGCUUAUAAUUACAUUCACAAAAAUGGUUAUAAGUCAAAAUUGAUGGCAGCAGCAAUUCGAAACAAACAGGAUGUUUUCAACCUUUUAGGGGUUGAUUAUGUUAUCACCCCCUUGAAGAUAUUGCAAUCUCUGAAGGAUUCAGUGACUCCUCCUGAUGAGAAAUACUCUCUUGUGCGAAGGCUUUCCCCACAAUCUGCUGCCGCCUACAAUUUUAGCCAGGAGGAGCUAGUAAAGUGGGACCAGAAUGGCUUUGCCUUGGCAAUGGGGCCUGCUGGUGUGGAGCUUCUCACUGCCGGAAUGGACGGCUAUGUUAAUCAAGCAAAGCGGGUUGAAGAAUUAUUCGGGAAGAUCUGGCCUCCUCCCAAUGUCUGAAUUGGGGUUACAACUAAACCUGUCCUUUGCUUCAUAUAAUGAGAACCACAUGCCAAAUUUUAGCAUAGCUCCUUCCGUUUUCUUGUUCAUUUUGCUUUUCUACUUUAACAUAAUUCUGUAAUUGAGGACGGACAUCUGAGGCUCGGGCUUUUUUUUUUUUCCAAUUCAAUUUUGGUUUUUCUUGCUUUGCCUGAGCUCCAGUUUUAUUAUGAACUCUCAGCAUUUGCGUCUUCUACGUCCAAGAAUAAUGACUUCGUAGUCAGCCGUGUCUUGUGUCUUGUGUACCCAUCUGACGCCGAUGAAUAUGCCCGAAUUACAAGGAGCUGACAAUUGUCGGAAUUGGUGUCUAA